AUGAGUUUGCCGCCCGAACAACUACAAGAUGUCAUGAAUUACUUGUGCCUCGCCGCAACCGCCUCAAUCACCGGUGCCAUCGUCUCCAUCGGAUGUACCGCCGGCCAUCGGGAGACCCUUCGAGCCCGAUCGAGAAAACGGUCAAAGAAUCGAAGUGACAAAGGACAGAAAUCGAGCUCUAGACGACGAAAGAAAUUGAGAAAAGUUAAUGGGGAGAAGAGUCAAAAGAGCAAAAAGAACCAGAAGAGUAAGAAGAGUAAACGAGGAAAAAGUAGCACGAAAAGUGAGAGACCGGUUAGUAAGGAUGCGGAUAGGAAGAGUUCAAGUCAAAAAUCAAUGAAGAAGAACAAGAUCUCACGGAGCAAGAGUAGAUCCGGCUCACGUGAAGAGGGAAGUGGGCGGAGUCUGAGCAAGAAGAAUAGCCAGCGUAGCAGUAAUGAUAAGACACCGAUGGGAGGGAGCAAGAAAGGUUCAAGCUCUCGUGAGAAGAGCAACAAGGAAGGAAGCUCACGGAGCAAGAAAUCUGGAUCCGGAAGAUCUAGGAAAAGUGAUAGAGACAAAAAGAAGGGAAGCAGCAGCUCGAGAGGUGUUGGAGGAGCGGUGCCAUUGGAUAAGAAGAAGUCGAGUAGUCGACGAGAGACGGAGGAUGGAGGGUCGAGAAAGUCGAGAAGCAACAAAGACCUGAGCAAGAAGAAGAGCUCCAGAAGCAAUAAGAGUGGAAAGUCGCCGUCUCGUAAGAAGAGCGACAAGGACUUGAACCGUAAGAAGAGCAAUCGAAGCAAUAAGGAAAGGACUCCGAGUAAGAAGGGAAGCUCACGGAAUGUUGUUGCUGGAGGAAUUGUACCAUUGGAUAAGAAGAAGUCGAGAAGUCGACGGGAGACGGAGGAUGGAUCGAGAAAGUCAGGCAGCAAUAACCGUAAGAAGAGCAAUCGAAGCAAUAAGGAAAUGACGCCGAGUAAGAAGGGAAGCUCACGGAAUGUUGUUGCUGGAGGAAUGGUACCGUUGGAUAAGAAGAAAUCGAGAAGUCGUCGAGAGGAGGCGGAUGGAUCGAGAAAGUCGAGCAGCAACAAGGACUUGAAUCGGAAAAAGAGCAAUCGGAGCAAUAAGGAAAGGACGCCGAGUAAGAAGGGUAGCUCACGAAAUGUUGUUGCUGGAGGAGCGGCGGUACCGUUGGAUAAGAAAAAGUCGAGAAGUCGUCGAGACGAGGAUGAGGAUGGCCAGAGACGGUCGAGAAAAGACGAAAGUGAUCGAAGAAGCCGUAAGGAAGAGGAAGAGGGUUCCCGACGUAAACGAUCAGAAGAGGAGGGAUCUCGGAAAUCAGUUGCAGGUGUGGUUCCACUGGAGAAAAAGAAGAGUUCGAAGAGCAAUCGAUCUAGUUCCAAGGAUAGAAGAGAGGAGGAGCCGAGAACCCGCCGCUCCACCGACCAAACCAACGAUUUGGAAAGAAAAAAGAGCAAUCGGAGCCAAAAAGAGCCGCUGAGCAAGAAGAAAAGUUCGAGAAAAAAUGAUGAGGAGAGUAAGAAAUCCCAGAAAGACAACUUGAACAAGAAAAAGAGCUCACGGAGCAACAAAGUCAGUUCUUCUUCUCGUGGUGCUCAAAGUGACAGAGGAUCCACAAAAGGGAGCUCAAGUAGUGGUGGAAUGAGUAAGCUGAGAGCCGAUGCGUUGAAGAGAAUGGAGCCGAAACCGUUGGUGUCCCCCAACGCCAACUCGGACCGAUUCACUUGCAACGAGGAGGGAUGUCGUAAAGGUCAAUGCUCGAAAGACGCUCGUCACUCCCAAUCCGUCAGACGUUCCGUCUCUCAGAGAUCCUUGAGAGCCGCUAAAGAAAAACGAGGGACCAAAACUGAAAAAGAAGACACCCCAAUCAAAAAGACCCCUUCUGCGAAGUCCCUCCCACUAGUCACGCCCCCAAAGGAGCCCACUGAAGCUCCGCCCCCUCCUCCACCGACUCGAUCGAUUUAUUUGGACACUGGAAAAUCGACAUACGGAGAGCUCACGAAGCCAUCGACACCUGUCGACACGAAAUCUGUAUACUUUCCGGCGGCGACCACGCCCCCUCCACCGCCAGCUCCACCAGCUCCAGCCCCAUUGACUCCCAAAAAAUCGAAUAAAUCGAUAAAAGCCACAAAAAUCGAGAAGCCAGAGAAGGAGAUCAAAAAAGUUGUGGCGUCCAAAAAAUCUAUUAAAUCUGCGAGACCCGCUCGUCAGAAGGAUCAGAAGCCAACGACGCCAUCGAAGACUCCGUCGAAACGGGCGGUCGAGAGUUCACGCCAGAAAUCGAAGAAGCCCGUCAAUUCGGCUAGAAAAUCCAAAAAUGAAUCGCAGAGGAAAAAAGUGGCAAAAAAAUAG